AUCUGAUUUUACUUUCUGAUGUGCUGUAACUUCUAAUCAUCUGCCUGGUAAUACUGUCAGUUACUCAUGUUAUGGAAUGAAGGGACGUUAUGUGAAUGUGAUCAUGUCUGGACGUACAUCUUAUCUUACUCUGUGUGAGGUGGAGGUCUAUGAAACAGCAAAUUGCGCAUUCACAGGAACAGUUACACAGUCAUCCACAUCGUCCACCUGGCUAGCUCUACAUGCCAUAGAUGGUGUACGACAUGGACCAGAUCCAGAUAUUCUUACAUACUGCUCUGCUACAACAGUUCAAAGUAACCCAUGGUGGAGACUGGAUCUUCUGGAUAUUCAUGACAUUAGUACAGUGAUCAUCACUGCUCGAUCAGACUGCUGUGAGGAUCAAACAAAUGGAGCAGAGAUUCGUAUUGGAAACUCACUGGAGAACAAUGGAAACAACAAUCCAAUAUGUGCUGUAACUUCUGGUCUUCUAACCGGUAACACCAUCAGUUACUCAUGUCAUGGGAUGGUGGGACAGUAUGUGAAUGUGGUCAUGUCUGGACGGACAAAUCAUCUCGUUCUUUGUGAGGUGGAGGUCUAUGGAAAAGUUUUUCAUAAGAGAAAAUCCUUUCUGAGGCUGAAAUUUUCCUCCAGUGUUGAUGUGGCUGCUGAGAGAAAUGAAAUCAUCCAACAGCUGCAGUCUGGUCUGGGAUCACACAUCUCUGAUUUUAAACUUUACUGGACACAACUACCCAAGAAAGAAGAAGAACAGGAGGAGGACGGAGGCAGGUUCUUGUGUUAACAGAUCUUCGUGAGUGGUGCAGAAGAUCUUAUUUCACUGAUUUCCAUCAAGAGCUCAAGCCGUUAUCGCUCCUCUACAACACUUCACACACAAAUAUGGUUUAACUGAAAGACACUGUAGAUAGUUUACCUUUACAUAUAGUCUUCUCUUCAUACUUUAACUUGCAUUGAUUGUUAACAGAUUAAAUAUUAGAAUUUAGAGUUAAUAUUUGUAUCACAUAUAGAUCUUCAAGAAUUGUUUGAACUACACAAUAUAUUAUCUUAAUACUAUUCUGUAUAUUACAACAAAUUAUAGAGAAUAGAACAAAAGAGUUGAAAUAACAAGACAACAUCUACUUGACAUCGUGUUGCUUUUGAAUUGUCAUUUCUUUGACUAAGUUUGUAGUUUUCUCAAUAAAGUGCAUUUACCGCAUAUUAA